AUGACACAACCAACAAAGAGACAUAAAGCUGAGAGAAAACCUCUAAUCAUAAAUGCAUUUCUUAUGGGGUCUUCAGGCCACCAAAGUGCUGGUAUUUUUUCCCAUCCAAGAGAUAAAUCAACUGAAUUAUACACAUCAAUUGAAUAUUGGCAAAAUUUAGCUAGACUAUUAGAAAAGGGUAAAUUCCAUUCAUGUUUCAUUGCAGAUGUCUUGGGUCCUUAUGAUGUUUAUAAUGGUCCACGGAACUAUGAUGCUGUUGCCAUAUCUGGUGCUCAAUGGCCAAUAUCUGAUCCAAGUUAUUUCAUCCCAAUAAUGGCUAGUGUCACUGAAAAUUUAAAUUUUGGUAUGACUUUUAGUACUAUCAGUGAAGAACCUUAUCAUUUGGCUAGAAGAUUAGGGACAUUGGAUUUAAUAACAAAUGGUAGAUUAGGUUGGAAUAUAGUGACAAGUUAUUUAGAGAGUGGUGCAAGAAAUUUACUGGGUGGGAAGCCAUUACCUGAACAUGAUGAACGUUAUGAAAGAUGUGAUGAAUAUACUAAAGUGAUUUAUAAAUUGUUGUUGAGUUCAUGGAGAGAUGAUGCUGUGGAAUUGAAUAAACAAGAGCGAAUCUUUACAAAUCCAAAAGGCUUGAGAGAAAUUAAUCAUGAAGGUAAAUAUUUCAAUGUUCCUGGUCCUUCAAUUACACAUCCAUCAAGACAAAGAUUACCAGUUAUUAUCCAAGCAGGUUCUUCACCAAGAGGUAUGGAAUUUGCAGCUGAAAAUGCAGAAGUUGUUUUCCUUUCAGGAUUUUCACCUGAAUUAUUAGCUCCAAGGAUUGCUAAAAUUAAACAAUUAUCAGUUGAGAAAUAUAAUAGACCAAAAGAUUCAAUUAAAUUCCUAAGUUUAGUUACAAUAGUUGUUGGGAAAACACAAAGUGAAGCACAGGCAAAAUAUCAAGAAUAUAAAAGUUUCACCAAUCCAGAAGGUUCACAAGCAUUAUUUAGUGGAUGGUCAGGUUUUAAUAUCGGACAAUUGGAUCAUGAUCAAGAAUUAGGUGAUGAUGUCAAGUCACAAGCUAUCUCAUCAUUUAUUGAAAAUUGGAAAAAAGCUGUUCCAGGUGUAGAGAAAUGGACUAGAGAUGUCAUUACUGAUGAAAUUAGAAUUGGUGGAUCAGGUCCAAGAAUUGUAGGGACACCUGAAUCAAUUGCAGAUGAGUUAGAAAGAUGGGUUGAUGUAGCAGGUGUUGAUGGUUUCAAUUUUGCUUACACUGUGUUACCUGAAUCUUAUGAAGAUUUAAUUGAAUUAUUGAUUCCUGAAUUACAAAAAAGAGGUUUGGCUCAAAGGGAAUAUGCUGUGCCAAAUGGUAGUUUUAGAGAACAAUUAUAUGGGAAAGGUCAAGUGUAUCCAAGAGAUGAUCAUCCAGGUUCAAAAUAUCAAUGGAGAUCUGGUGUUACACAGGAAAUUUUUGAAAAAAGUUUAAAAGAGAAUGGUUUAUAA